UUCACCAGUCCGCCAGAAAAUGAAAGAAGAAGAAGAAGAACGGGUAGACGAGUCCGCCAUUUCAGAUGUUUCUUUUCACGUCCUAAAUAUUCCCUCGAGUCUUUCAUUAUCGCAGAAAACACGGAUAAAUUCAUAAGCUUGUAUUUAUUGUUAUAUCAGUAUAUCGCUGUGUAUGUUAUAUCGCUAGUUUUCGUACAGUGGGUUUAUGGGUGUGGCGACUGUUACUGGUGAACACUCAGAGAUAAGACACCAGAUACUUUAAUUUCUUUAACUUAUCGCAUCUUUAUUAACUGAACACCUACAUCAAGAUGAAGACGAUCACUUUACUCUUUAUCAUCUCUUUAUUCAUCAACGGUGUGUUUGGUGAUGAAGUGUUAGUGAUGGAGGGAGAUUCUGUUACUCUACACACUAAUGAUGCUGACAUACAAGCAGCAGAUGAUGUGACAGUAAUAUGGACAUAUCAAAAAAAUCGUAUUGCUAGAAUCAAUAGAGCAGCUAAUAAGGCACCAAUAUAUGAUGAUGAUGUUCCUGAUUGGAGUUUCAAACACAGACUGAAGAUGGAUGAUCAGACUGGAGAUCUCACCAUCACAAACAUCAAAACCACAGACUCUGGGCUGUAUGAAGUACAGAUACUUGUCGGAAGUAAGAAUAUACAGAAGAGUUUUAAUGUCAAAGGUGUGAUUAACCCAGAAUCAGAUCAACUAAAGUCAGUGUCAGUAAAGGAUGGAGAUUAUAUUACUCUACACACUGAUGUUCCUGAUAUCAAGAAAUAUGAUGUGAUACAGUGGAGAUUUCAAGGGGUUCCUGUAGCUCAAUUCAAUAAAUCAGUCAGUAAAAUAUCAGAAGAUGAGAGAUUCAGAGACAAACUGCAGCUGGAUGUUCAGAUGGGAUCUCUUAAAAUCAAGAACAUCAACAUGGAUCUCUCUGGACUUUAUGAAGUAGAUCUCACAAGCAGCAGUUAUACCAUACAUCUGUCAUUUACAGUUACUGUCAGUGGUGAAGUGAAGUCAGUGUCAGCAAUAAAUGGUGAUCCUGUCACAAUAUACACUGAUGUUCCUGACAUUAAAACCUAUGAUCAGAUACUGUUGAUCUUUGGGUGUGAUGACAAACUGAUUGCUGAAGCAAAUAAACCGAAUGAACAGUUCAUUCUAAAUGAAAGAUUCAGAGACAGGCUGAAGCUGAAUGAUCAGACCGGAGAUCUCACCAUCACAAAAAUCAAAAUUGAAGAUGCUGGAGAUUAUGAACUGAAGAUGAGUAGCAGAAGACGAACCAUUCAGAGGAGAUUCAGAGUUAAUGUCAGUGAGCCAGGUCUGUCUCCAGGUGCUAUAGCAGGAAUAUCUGUUUUCCUUAUCCUCCUUGCUGCUGCUGCUGCUGGUGGUGGUGUGAUUUACUAUCGCCGUAAGAUCGCUGAAGCAAUGAAACAACUGGGUAAGAAUCAUCUACAGCUGAAGGAAUAUAAUGAUCUUUAUUUUGCUAUAAUAGAUUGA